AUGGAGCGAGUUCAUGCCGUUCAGGAUCUCGUGCAACACAAUCAAUCCAUUACGAUAGUGGGCACUGCCAGCGUGCUUCUGGCCUUGUUCUAUCUGUGUGGUCGGGAGAAUCCAGUACCAGGAUUUCCAAUCGUCAGCGUACAGCACAAAGGAUGGAGAGUUCUACUUCCCCAAUCCCUGGUUUGGAUCCUGGAUGGCAAGAAGGUCCUCGCGACCGGGUUUGCUAAGCACCCCGAUGGAUUCCAGAUCAAAGCUACAACUGGCUACAGGAUCAUUCUGCCUAACCGGUAUGCCCACGAGCUUCGAAAUCAUCCGCACUUGAGCCUCACUGAAGCCUUCCAGACAGACCUCAUGGUUGAGUAUCCAGGAUUCGAUUCAAUGCGGCUCGGGCUGCGAGAUGAAAAGUUCAUCGGGAGUGUUAUCAAGGAGAGGCUCACGCAAAGCCUGGGUCCUAUCACAGGCGACGUUGUCGACGAGAUGGCAUCGGCCAUCUACGAUGCAUUCGGUAAUUCUUACGACUGGACGACUAGAGAGAUCAAGAACGACGUUCUAGAAAUCGUCGCCCGUGCAUCCUCUCGAGUGUUUCUGGGGAAAAAACUCGCCCGGAACCGCAGAUUGCUGGUCAUCUCCAAGGACCAUACAAUCGAUAUGGUCAUGGCUUCUGAGCAGCUGCGACUUCUGCCCUCCGUCCUUCGUCCUGUCAUAUACUGGCUCAUACCGGCUUGCACCAGGCUGCGGAAAGAGGUUCAUGAUGCCAAGACGUUGAUCGUUCCAGAAAUCGCCGUUAUACGCAACCAGAUGCAGCAAGCCAUUGAUUCAGGGGCCGAACCUCCCAAGAUGACCAAUGCUAUCGCUUGGAUGAUUGAAAAGUCAGAGGGCCAUGAUGACGCGGACUUCGUGGCCGGUCAGCUUGCACUCAGCUCCGCCGCAAUCCAUACUACCUCUGAGACACUAUGCCGCUGCAUUGCACAGAUAUGCGAAACUCCUGAGAUUGUGCAACCACUGCGGGAAGAGAUCAUAUCUGUUCUUGCACAGGAAGGCUGGUCUCGUACUGCCCUACCCAAGUUACAAUUGCUCGACAGCUUCUUGAAGGAGGUUCAUCGGUUUCGACCUCUAUCGCUCACAUCGAUGUACCGGCUUGUCAAGAAACCCGUCUCCCUUAACGACGGGACGUUACUCCCUGCGGGAACCCGGCUGAAGAUCGACGACACCAUGGUUCAUGACAGUACACUGUUCUCCAAUGCAGGCACCUUCGAAGUGGCACGCUUCCAAAGACUUCGGAAGCAAUCGGGCGAAGAGCACCAACACCAGUUUGUGUCCCUAACUCCUGACAUCAUGGCUUUUGGUUAUGGCCGACAUGCCUGUCCUGGCAGAUUCUUCGCGUCCCAUGAACUCAAGAUUGCAUUGUGCGUUUUGCUGCUGCAAUACGAUAUACGGAGUGUUCCCGAUGCAGAUCAGCCGCGGAACCAGGAAUUUGAGAAUUUCAUCGUGGUAGCGCCUACGAUGAAGGUGCAGCUGCGGAGGAGGACGGAGGAGUUUGAUCUGACCAGUACCGCCAUGUAUUCCGGGGCUUGA